AUGCGUGAGUGCAUCUCCAUCCACAUCGGCCAGGCCGGCAUCCAGACCGGUAACGCUUGCUGGGAGCUCUACUGCCUGGAGCACGGCAUCCAGCCCGAUGGGCAGAUGCCCUCGGACAAGACCAUCGGCGGCGGUGAUGACGCCUUCAACACCUUCUUCUCGGAGACUGGUGCGGGCAAGCACGUGCCCCGCGCGGUGUACGUGGACCUGGAGCCCACCGUGUGCGACGAAGUCCGCACCGGAACCUACCGCCAGCUGUACCACCCGGAGCAGAUCAUCUCGGGCAAGGAGGACGCGGCCAACAACUACGCCCGCGGCCACUACACGAUCGGCAAGGAGAUCGUGGACCUGGUGCUCGACCGCAUCCGCAAGCUGGCGGACAACUGCACCGGCCUCCAGGGCUUCUUGGUAUUCCACGCCACCGGCGGCGGGACCGGGUCCGGGCUCGGCUCGCUCCUGCUGGAGCGUCUGUCGGUGGACUACGGCCGCAAGUCGAAGCUUUCCUUCGCCAUCACCCCGGCGCCGCAGGUGGCGACGGCGGUGGUGGAGCCGUACAACUCGGUGCUGUCCACGCACGCCCUCCUGGAGCACACGGACUGCACCUUCUGCCUCGACAACGAGGCACUGUACGACGUGUGCCGCCGCAACCUCGACAUCGAGCGGCCGACGUACACGAACCUGAACCGUCUCGUGGCCCAGGUUAUCUCGUCCCUGACGGCCUCGCUCCGGUUCGACGGCGCCCUUAACGUGGACGUGACCGAGUUCCAGACCAACCUGGUGCCCUACCCCCGCAUCCACUUCAUGCUCACGUCGUACGCGCCCAUCAUCUCGGCGGAGAAGGCCUACCACGAGCAGCUGUCGGUGGCGGAGAUCACCAACUCGGUGUUCGAGCCGGCCGGCAUGAUGACCAAGUGCGACCCCCGCCACGGCAAGUACAUGGCGUGCUGCCUCAUGUACCGCGGAGACGUGGUGCCUAAGGACGUGAACGCCGCGGUGGCCACCAUCAAGACCAAGCGCACCAUCCAGUUCGUGGACUGGUGCCCCACCGGCUUCAAGUGCGGCAUCAACUACCAGCCCCCGACCGUCGUGCCCGGCGGCGACCUCGCCCGCGUGCAGCGCGCCGUGUGCAUGGUGGCCAACACCACCGCCAUCGCCGAGGCUCUGUCGCGCAUCGACCACAAGUUCGACCUCAUGUACGCCAAGCGUGCCUUCGUGCACUGGUACGUGGGUGAGGGCAUGGAGGAGGGAGAGUUCUCCGAGGCUCGUGAGGACCUGGCUGCCCUCGAGAAGGACUACGAAGAGGUCGGCGCCGAGACCGCCGAGGGCGAGGGCGAGGAGGAGGACUUCGGCGAGGAGUACUAAAUUUGAGGAGUUUCGUCGGAGAUCGUCACCGCACUUUUUCCCAUGUCCGAGAUUUCGGGGAUGAAAUGGCGUUUGGUUCUAGUACAGUAGACGACCCCGAAGAUACGUUGCAUGCCAACAAGCGAGGACAAAGGCUGACAAGUGGGUUUGGAGGCUUGUGUUUGGUUUGUUGGUUUAGUGUGUGCGGUUCUGUGCCAUGGCUUCGUUGCCUUGAUACGUGACUUGCUGUGUAUCUUUGUGCUUCGGUUUCGUUGGACAAAAGAGCGGCGUCUUUUUUUUCGUCCCGACAAGUCGUACUGACUUUCGGCGCACCUGUACUACUGUAGCAUUUUCGCGGUGCUCUUAUUCCACGCAUUACUUGCCGAUAUUUGGUAGUAGGUGUUGAUGGAGUCGUGUUUUGACACACUGCUUCUCCCGCUCGAUCCCCACCUUUUGGAAAGGUCUCGGGAUCGGGAGACACGUGGGUGGGGGCGGACAAGGGGAGGCACAAGCGGUAUCCUGCCGCGUGUACAAUUUGUCAAUACUCGAAAAUCGUUGUCCAAAAAACUGAUCAACCUUGUCUUGUGGUAUUCAAUGGAUGAGGAGGCUUGCAGUCGUUUUGGGGCUAUUCGAUAGAAGAAAGCGUUCGGAGACACACGG